GAGUUCUUGGAAAAACCGGGUACUCCACCCAUUCUAUGGAAACGUUGGAUACGCAUUUUUGAGCGAUAUCUGCUGGCCACUGGCGCUCGAGAUUACGACGCCGAACGUCGGCAGGCCAUGCGGCUUAACUGUCUCGGCGAAGCAGGCCAACAGAUAUUCGACUCAUUACCAACGCCCGAGAGUGCUGUUGCAACGGCGCCAGCAACGUCGGCAGCAGCAAGCGGCGAACAAACUCGCCGUCCACCGGCGAGAGACAUCUACAAAGAGACGGUGCAACUCCUGGAAGCAGAGUUCACUCAACCCGUCGACGUGACUCUGCAACAGCUGCAAUUUCACCUUCGUAAGCAACAAGAGGGUGAGUCCCUCAAGGACUUUCUGUCGGCGCUGCGAGCCUUAGCGAUUCCGGCAAGUUUUGGGGACCAAGCGCAAGCACAGGUCAGGAAACAGUUCAUGAUCGGCGUCGCGUCGUCUGAAAUGCAAGAGCGAAUGGUUCUAGAUGCCGCUCUUCCAUUCGACGUGGUCCUUCAGACGCUUCUCAACAUUGAGCGUGCACGACGUGAAGUUCGGAAAUGGACAACGGCAUCGACGCCUUCACCGAACUCUUAUCGACUUGCAACGUUUCCACCGGAAGUGCAGGCUUCGAAGCAGGAUCGUCGACAGAAAGGAGCUUGA